AUGGUCGAUGAACAAGAAGCCACUAAUUACCCGAUAGAAUUUUUAAAUUCUUUAAAUAUGCCCGGACUUCCCUCUCAUGGAAUUUGUUUAAAAAUUGGCAUUCCAAUUAUUCUGCUCCGAAAUUUAAGACCACCACAACUUUGCAAUGGAACUCGUCUAAAAGUAACCCAGUUGCAACAAAAUAUAAUCGAGGCUCAAAUUUUAACAGUCCAAUUUAAAAGGACGCAAUUCCCAGUAUCGGUGUGUUAUGCAAUGACAAUUAACAAGGCUCAAGGGCAGACUUUUCGUGUUGCUGGAGUAGAUCUCAGUGUCAGUUGUUCCUCGUAUAAUCAGUUGUAUGUUGCUCUUUCCCGUGUUAGCAGUUUUAAAAAUCUUUAUGUUCACGUGCCGGACGGGUCAACUUUCAAUAUAGUUUACCCGGAGGCUUUGCAUUGA